UGGAGUCAAUAAGUGUCAGAACAAGGUGAACACGAUAUUGCUGAAGUCGGAUUGAGGCGGCGUGUGAUUGCACGAUAUCCACUGACAUGGACAGGUUAUUGUCGAAAUUCAGUUCACAUGAGUGACAUAGUUGAGAAAACGCUGGCAUCCUUUCCGAAGUUUCUAUCGGAAGGGCUCCUCGGAGGCAACCAGACACGAUCUCCGAAACAUGACAUUCCGCCGGGUCUACGGCAGUUAAUUGCAGCCACAUUAAGUGCACGGUCAAAGAGCGAUGAGGAGCUGAUCAUCCAGAAAGAGUUGUCCUUCCUGCAGCAGCGCUUCUCUCAGCUGAACCAAUCCGGGCAGCAGCUAAAAGAGAACUUGAGUCGGCUGCUGUAUUGCCUGACCCUUGGCUACGAUGUGUCCUUCGCCACCAUCCACACCAUCAAGCUGGCCCAGCAGGGGGUGGGCAUACACAAGAGGCUCGGUUACCUGAUGUCGUGCCUGCUGCUGCAUGAGGACCACGAGAUGCUGGUCCUCCUCAUCAACACCAUACAGAAGGACAUGAGGAGCAGCAGCUUGUUGGACAACUGCAUGAGUAUCACAGCAGCCAGUCAACUCCUCCACGCAGAGACCAUCCCCAUGUUCCUGCCUCUCGUGAUGGAGAAGCUGAAACAUCAGCGGGAGCUGGUGAGGGUGAAGGCAGCCCAGUGUCUGCAUCAGUUCUAUCUGAAGGCUCCCAACAUGCUGGUCCAUGUCCACGCAGACUUCCAGAGGGCGCUGUGUGACAAGGACCCGGGGGUCAUCCGGGGGGUGGUCCACAUCUACAUCCAGCUGGCUCAGAAGGCGCCGGCGGACUAUGUACACUUGGGGGUGGGGUUCCUCGGAAUCCUCAAGCAAAUUAUCAGCCGCUCCUUUCCUUCACUUCAUGAUUUCCACACAGUGCCAUUGCCAUGGUUACAGAUACUUCUACUUAAAGUGUUGGCAUUGCUUGGACCUCACGAUGAAAAGUUAAGGAUAGAAAUGUGGCCUGUGCUGAGGGACAUCAUCCAGAGAACCACAGUCAAACAUCACAUGGCAUUUGCUGUGAUGUAUGAGUGUAUCCUGACUGUGUCCUGUGUCCCUGGCGACCCAGAGCUGAUGAACGAGGCAUCCACCUGCGUGGCCAGAUUCCUCCGGUCCAGCAGCAACACCCUCAAGUAUCUCGGCAUCAAGGCACUGACAGCUCUAAUCGGUGUGAGUCCUGAGUAUGCUGUACAGCAUCAACUGACUGUAGUGCAGUGCCUGGAUGGGGACGAACUGGCUACGCAGAGAAAGACCCUGCACCUCCUUUACAAGAUGGCCAACGAGGCCAAUGUCAAGGCCAUCUGCAGCAAGUUGUUUGAACACUUGAAGAUGACUGACGACCCUUUCUGUAAGACAGACAUGGCAGGGAAGAUAGCACAACUGGCAGAGAAGUGGUCCCCCGACAUUCAGUGGUACGUGGAAACUGUCAACGCUGUCCUGGUGGAGUGUACCAACAGCGCUCUUGUUGACCAACUCAUGGAUAAACUGGACAUGGAACUACAUCUAAAGGAGAACAAAGAAUUUGAGGAGUUUCUUGUCCAGAGUUACCUACCUUGCUUGGAGAAUGCCGAAUGUCCAACAGCAUUGUUGCACCUGGCUGUUUGGGUGCUGGGUGAGAUGAGGAUGGGACUGGGGACCCAGAAACCGUCGCGAGUCCUGGCUGCCCUGUGUAGCCCCCUCCCCCGGGCGGCUGACGCCCACCUACACGGGCUGGUCUUCUCCUCCCUCAUCAACCUGGUGGUCAAGGGUGUGGUGGAUGCCGGCGCAGUAAGGGACUGGUUCGGCUUCAACAAAUACACCUUCACUCAGCCACAGCUUCAGCAGAAGUUCCAAGAAGUGCAGGUCCUUGUAGCACAACCAGAGAAGUCAAGAAAAAUCUGCAUCUCCCAAAAUGGAGGGAGGGUGAAAAAGUUGGACUUUACCCUGUCAUUCCUUGAUGACUAUGUCUGUGCGUCCCUGGAGUCCAAUGACGCCUCACCCUACAAGCCUCUAGGGGUCCGCAUGACGACUUCCAGACCGACUGAAGAUGCUACCUCCGAUUCAGAAGAAGGGUACAGCGCCCUCUACCAUGGCAUUGUCUCCCCUGCCAAGUAUGACUCCCCCAGGUCCUCACAGAGGGAAGACAGCUUCACUUCCAAUCUGUCAGAGGGAUCAGAGAAAACAGGGGAGACUGGCCUGAAGAUGUCUGGUGUGAGGCGGGUGUGGGGGAAGGAGGGGUACCUGGGGGCUGACCACGCCCGCAGUGCCAGACCACAGCCAGGAGAACAGGGAGUACAGGCUGGUAACAACCAGGAUGGGGAGAGACACCAGGAGAUUGCUUCGGCCCUGUUCCAGGGUGUCAGUGGAAGCGUAGAAAGAAGACCCACAUCAGAUGAUGGGGAGUCCGGUGGAAGUCCAGGAUGGUUGGCUGCACAGACUGACAGUGGUGACCUUCCAACAACAGACUCAUCAGGAUGGAGGGCCUACAGUGCCACACAGCACCAGGCCAGCUCCAGGGAUGACGCCCUGGGGGACUCAGGCACUGACACAUCCAGGGGUCAGGAUCUCAGCAUGACACAUUCACCAUCACAACCUGGUGUGUCCGAUGUCAGAGCACCAACAACCAAUCAGGAUGAGGCAGCCCUUACCUCCAGCCAAUCAGAGCGGAGGGAGAUCUGGUUGGCCAAUGAGGGCUCACCUCAGCAUGUGCAAUACGAAUCAUUAUACAGUGGCCAGACUGAUGCUGCGUCGGGGGAGGUCACACAUUCCAGUAUGUAUGACGAGUUCACGGAGCAGGACAAGGAUGUGUUGGGAGACAUCACUGAGUCCUUCACACCGGAAACCCUGGUUCAGAAUAGUUUAUACAGCAGUUAUUACACGCCGGACAGCUGACACUGAAAUAUACCAGUAGUACUCGAAACUAAGAGGCCUCAUGGGGUGCUUGCAGUCUUCCCCAAUAGUGAAUCUAGGGACCUCCUAAAUCUUGAACUUAUGACAAGGGCUCCAUGUCUUAAAUGUUUAACUUCAUACACCGAACCAGGCUUUAGGAAUUGUUGUUGGUUUCACAAAGGGCAUAUGAUAUAUGGGAGAUAGAGUGGGUAUAAAUGUCCCUGGUCCCCUUGUACAGCCUUUGUUUUAUUUUUACAGAUUUUUUAAUUUAAUACCACACAACCGAAAAAUAGUGAAGGGAGAAUCAAGGACAUACUCUAUCACUUUGGUCGUUACAUCAGUUGGCAAUCAAAUUACAUUCUCAGCUUCCUGGGGAGUAUUCAACUCAAACUGACUUUAGGUACAAGAUCAUUCACAAAACCAUCCCAUCCUGCUUGGUACCCAAUAUUUGACAAUGGCUGAUGAUAUGUUGAAGCCAUCUUCAUGCUGGAUACAAUUUAUAUGUCGGAGGCAGAUCUGCCACUGUGUGUAAGGCCACAAGGUAAUGUUCUUUUAAAGGUCACAUGUCAGGUACUAGUCAGUGUCCACCAUAUGCCACCAUAGGCUUAGCCUUUUGUAGUCUGUUGGAAUGACACAAUUGGGUUCCCAUGAAAUUACCCAGCACUUCAGUGAAUGAAACACUCAUAAACAUCAGGGUUAGGCCUAGUCUUCAGCAAUCCUUGCUUGCUGUAGGAGAUGACUAGCGAUCAGGGUUAGGCCUAGUCUUCAGCAAUCCUUGCUUGCUGUAAGAGAUGACUAGGGAUCAGGGUUAGGCCUAGUCUUCAGCAAUCCUUGCUUGCUGUAGGAGAUGACUAAGGAUCAGGUGGUCAGGGUUGCUGACUUGGUUGAUGCAUGACAUCAUGUCCGAAUUGUGUAGAUCCUAGCUCAUCAUGUCAAUCACUGUAUUGGGGGUCAGAUAGCUGUAAUGUACCGGAGUGUGGCUUUAAACAACAAACAAAUAAAACAAUCAAUGAAUGCAAGAGAGGGUGAUAUCACAAGUAUUCAACAGGCUUUGUGGCAUACAAGAAGUACAACAGCCACAAGCACAACAGCCACAAGUACAGAUGGGAAUGCCAAAUCCUCAAAAGACCAUCCCUGCCCGACCUAAAUACUCAUGAUAACAUGUCGAAGAGACUGAUUUUGAGUGAGUGAGUGAGUGAAUUGGGUUUAACACCGCUUUUAACAGUAUUCCAGUUAUAUCGAGGCGUGUCAGCUUAAUGUGGGAGGAAAGCCGAAGUGAUGCAGGUCUCAGACGUUUACCACUUCGGUGAAACCCACAAGCACAGGUAUGGGGCUGACAAACCUAGAAACAUAAUCUGGGUGAACCGGGAUUCGAAACCACAAUCAUAGGUUUGGCGCCUUAGACGGCUGGGCCACCCGUGCCCCGACUGAUUUUGAAGUUAUAUCUGUGUCAAACUUGCAUUAAGAAGAGGCAUUUUGAUUUGUUGUUGAUUGAAAUUCUGUUUGUGAUAAGAGAGAUUGAACAGAGGACAUAACUUGAAGGUCUGGUGGCAAAUAUAUCCAGAACGGGUCCAGGGUAUUGGUAAUGGAGUGGAGUACACUGGGUAAUGAAUGGUACAAAAUACUAAGGUGAGGUGAACCCCUGGUUGUCUCCCUUGAUCUGUAGACAAAUCCAUUGCUGAUAGCUCUCUUCAAGUUGAUUUGUGUUUAUGGCUAAAUUGGGUCUGACCAGUCCAACUACUUUACUUUACAAACCUGCCUGUCCGUUUUUAAGUCUGUACAGAUAUGUGUUAAUGCCUAGUUUACUCCUACUUUCAGUGUAAAAGGCGACUGACGGGAUCGGGUGGUCAGGCUCGCUAACUUGGUUGAUGCAUGUCAUCGAUCCCAAUUGCGUGGAUCAAUGCUCAUAAUAUCAAUCACUGGAUUGUCUGGUCCAGACUCGAUUAUAUCCAGACCGCAGUCAUAUAGCUGGAAUAUUGCUGAGUGCCACGUUAAACAACAAACCAACCAACCAACCAACCACCCAACCAACCAACCACCCAACCUGCUUUCAGUUAUUUUAGGAUUAUAUUUGGAUCUCAGUGCUCACUAUCACCACACAAAGGAUCUUUGGGUAGCAAGCACUAAAAUCUGAUUAAUUUAGAUAAAAAAUCCAGUGAAACAAGUUGUUAAAUUGGUCUUGUCUUUAAGUAGUUUAGUUCCCGUCCUCUAUUUUUAUGUGGAUACAUGCUACUCUGUGGCUGUCUAAGAAAGUCCCUGUAUGUUUCUUGUCAGAAUAAACAUUAAAACUAUUCAG